GUUCACCAUAAUCAGCCGACUAACGACACGGGAUAGGAGUCACAAGUUUGUGACUGUAGGUGAGGAAAGUCGCGGGCUAAUUAACUAGGGUUUGGGGUUUUUUGUUUUUUUCUUUCUUCCCUCCUCCUCUUGAGUCUUGUUGUAAAUUGGAAUCAUUGCAUCUCGUUGACUUUCGAGACUUUAGUUUUGACGCUGCCGACAAGUGACUGAAAGGAAACGCGAUGAAGGAAAAGGUGUUCUUGCUCUGUUUGUUAACGCUUUGGUUUGACAACUCACUCGGUGAUACACCGGCUAACUGUACAUACGAGGAGCUUUUGGGGACGUGGAUUUUUCAGGUCUCAAAUGUCGGGCAGGAUAAAAGCAUCAACUGCUCAACAGUCGGCCCUUCGGUGAAUACUGUAACCGUUCAUUUGGAGCACUUAUCGCUGGCUGCGGAUGAUUUCGGUAAUACCGGAUUCUUUACGCUCAUCUACAACCAGGGCUUCGAGGUGGUCCUCAACGACUACAAAUGGUUCGGCUUUUUCAAGUAUUCCCAAGAGGGCUCUGUGGUCACCAGCUACUGUGAUCAAACAUUGCCUGGUUGGGUGCAUGAUGUCCUAGGAAACAACUGGGCCUGUUUCACUGGGAAGAAGGUGCAGCCUGUACCUCCCCGAGUCAUUGCAAGACCACUCCUCAGCCUCUCACAAAGCCUGUUCUUGCAGCUCUAUAAGCAUGAUAUGGACUUUGUGGAGCGUAUUAACUUGGUGCAGGACUCAUGGAGAGCCACAGCUUACAGUGAACAUGAGACUUUCACUAUCCAGGAGCUUAUGCAGAGAGCUGGGGGUCGUGGGUCUCGUGUCCCAAGGCGUGUCAAGCCAGCGCAGGUUGAUGUAGAGCUUGCCAAGAUGGCAGCAGCUCUACCGCAGCACUGGGACUGGAGAGAUGUGAAUGGAAUCAACUACCUCAGUCCGGUCCGAAACCAAGAAUCAUGUGGCAGCUGCUACUCCUUUGCUUCAAUGGGGAUGCUGGAGGCUCGAAUCCGAAUCCAAACCAACACCACCCAGCAGCCCGUCCUCAGCCCUCAGCAGGUUGUCUCCUGUUCCCAGUAUUCACAAGGUUGUGAUGGUGGAUUCCCCUACCUGAUUGGUAAAUACAUCCAGGACUUUGGUGUUGUGGAGGAGCAGUGUUUCCCGUACACGGGCAGUGACUCGCCAUGCCUUAUUCCGUCCAAGUGCAUGCGUUACUACACUUCCGACUACCACUAUGUGGGUGGCUUCUAUGGAGGCUGCAGUGAAGCAGCCAUGAUGCUGGAGCUGGUGAGGGAUGGCCCAAUGGGUGUGGCCUUUGAGGUCUAUCCAGACUUCAAACACUACAAGGAGGGCAUCUACCACCACACAGGCCUUCUCGACACCGCCAACCCCUUCGAGCUGACCAAUCAUGCUGUGCUGCUAGUGGGAUAUGGGCAGUGCCUGAAGACUGGGCAGAAGUACUGGAUUGUGAAGAACAGCUGGGGCGCAGGCUGGGGCGAGGAGGGCUACUUCCGUAUCCGCCGUGGAAGUGACGAGUGUGCCAUUGAGAGCAUUGCUGUAGCUGCUAAGCCAGUUGCUCAGCUGUGAGACUGGGGCAGUGGGGGGGGUCAGAUUUGUCUGUGAAACUGCAAAUGCGUACGGACCUCUUAUUUACUGAUCACUUAAUUGUUUUCUAAAUGUUGCUGAAGGGCAUGUUCAACGCCAGGCCUCUGCUGCUGUGCUUUUUGGCUUAUUCAAGGGAAGAUGCUAAAAGGGUGUUCCUGCUAAAGGGGGGAAAACUGGCUGCUUUGCUCCCAUAUAUACCGGUGAUGGCUGGAUCUAAAAUGCUUCAUGUAAUGAAUUGCACAUUAACUAAGGGGAUGCAGGUCAUGUCUGAGGGUGCAACCAGUUGCCAUUGUGAAACCACACUUUCUCCUCAGUGCCUUCUGUAAGUGGUCAGUUUUGAUUGAUUUAAAAAAAUUUUUGGCCAGUAUUUGGAAAGGGAUUUAUUUUUCCAGUGUUCAAGCAUACCUACAGGAUAAAGCCAUGACUAAUAGCGCUUAGCCAGAGAGUGUAGUCUCAUUUUCUCAUGUUUGGAAGCUAUGCUUUUAAAUUUAAGGUGUAGUGGGUUUUUGGUUGGGCAGAUUUCGCAUGAUAUUCAUUUUGGAUUACGGUGGUUGGUGUUUUGCACCAGAAAACACUUGACUUCACAUCUUUAUGGUAAAUGAAAAAAUAAAUAAAAUCUAAAUUUUA